AGCGGCGAGCCGGCUCUCUAAAUCUAUUUCCAAAACAAACGCUGCUUCACUGACGAGAUCGACUUAUUUUCUAUUUUCAGCGAAAGUAAACAGAAAAUAGAAUUUUAAAGAUAAAAAUUAUAACUGGUUGAAUCCACGGGUGUCGAAAAGUGGAGCAAAGGGUGCAAAAUCAUCUUAAUUGUCUACUUGAUUGGCUUAGAAAAUGUCCAUCGAAAUCGAAAGUGCAGAUGUGAUCCGGCUGAUCCAGCAGUAUCUGAAGGAGUCAAAUCUGUACCGGACGCUGCAAACGCUACAGGAGGAAACAGGCGUGUCGCUGAACACGGUGGACAGCGUGGACGGCUUCGUGUCUGAUAUCAACAACGGCCACUGGGACACGGUACUCAAGCAGAUCCAGUCGCUGAAGCUGCCGGACAAGAAGCUGAUCGACCUAUACGAGCAGGUGGUGCUCGAAUUGGUUGAAUUGCGCGAGCUCGGCGCCGCCAGGUCGCUGCUCAGGCAGACCGACCCCAUGAUCAUGAUGAAGCAGCACCAGCCCGACAGGUAUAUCCACCUGGAGAGCAUGCUGGGCCGGUCGUACUUCGAUCCGCGCGAGGCCUACCCUGACGGCAGCAGCAAGGAGAAGCGCCGCGCGGCCAUCGCGCAGGCGCUGUCCGGAGAGGUGUCCGUCGUGCCUUCAUCGCGUCUGCUCGCACUGCUUGGACAGGCGCUCAAGUGGCAACAGCAUCAGGGACUCCUCCCUCCAGGGACGACAAUUGAUUUGUUCCGCGGCAAGGCGGCCAUCAAGGACGUGGAGGAGGAAAAAUACCCAACGCAGAUGUCGAAGCAGAUCAAAUUUGGGCAGAAGUCACAUGUGGAGUGCGCACGUUUCUCUCCAGACGGGCAGUACCUUGUGACAGGUAGCGUGGAUGGUUUCAUCGAGGUGUGGAACUUCACAACCGGAAAGAUUCGCAAGGACCUUAAGUGCCAGGCUGAAGACAACUUCAUGAUCAUGGAGACGGCCGUGUUGUGCCUCGCCUUCAGCCGUGACUCUGAAAUGCUCGCUUCAGGGGACAAGGAAGGCCGUGUCAAGGUGUGGAAGGUGCAGACGGGGCAGUGUCUGCGUCGUCUGGAGCGGGCGCACACGCAGGGUAUAACAUGCGUGCAGUUCUCGCGGGACAACAGCCAGCUGCUGACGGCGUCGUUCGAUGCGAGCGUACGCAUCCACGGACUCAAGUCAGGCAAGUGCCUGAAGGAGCUGCGUGGGCACAAGUCGUUCGUGAACGAGGCCAUCUUCUCGGCCGACGGCCACAGCGUGCUCAGCGCCUCGUCCGACGGCACCGUAAAAGUGUGGAGCGUCAAGACCACCGAGUGCACGUCCACAUUCAAGUCACUUGGCGGUACGAGCAGCGCCGUCGCGUCUGGCUCGCUCGCCGACACCACCGUCAACACUGUCAUCCUCCUCCCCAAGAAUCCUGAGCACUUUGUCGUCUGCAACCGCUCCAAUACGGUCACCAUCAUGAACAUGCAGGGACAGAUUGUGCGUUCAUUCACGUCUGGCAAGAGAGAGGGUGGAGACUUCGUUUGCUGCACGCUGUCGCCGCGUGGCGAGUGGAUUUACUGUGUCGGCGAGGACAUGGUGCUCUACUGCUUUUCCACAGCAUCCGGAAAGCUUGAGAGGACACUCACGGUACACGAUAAGGACGUGAUUGGCUUGUCGCACCAUCCCCAUCAGAACCUGAUCUGCACAUACAGCGAGGACGGCAUGCUGCGUCUGUGGAAGCCUUGAUUCCGAUUCUCAGACUGUGUGCGUGCGUGUGUCGUGUACUUUUAGCCAGAUUUUGUUUAAAUGCGAAAAUUCCCCUAACAUGUAAUUAAAAUUAAAUCAUAUGAGACAAAUUUGUCGAAUUUAAAUUUUUUAUUGAAUGAGAUGGAGCAGCAAACAUUCUUGCUUAAAAAGAAAAUCUUGAGAGACGGAUUCAACUUUGUUGAUCGCAAACUGGUCACAAAAUUCAAUUUUGAAUCCCAUUCAGAGCUUUGUAAUAUAUAUGUAAGCGUUGUAUACUUAAAAUUGUACCUUUAUAGAACCCUUUCUCUGCAUCUCAUAUAUGGCAAGAGUUCCACCAUGGUUAACAUGCAAAUUUAAUGCAGUUUAUCCAAUGUUAUAAAGUUUUAAGAAUUGAUAUUUCAGUUUAAGGCGUUUAAGGGGAUGGUAGUUACUGAAAAUUAACAAGCCAUAUUCGUCCGUCUUUAAAAUUUUAUUUUAUUACGAUGACAAGAAUCAGCGAACCCAGUUGAAUGAGCGAGUUUGAAAGAAGCUAGAACGAGUCUCUCAGCGUAGAAUAUUUCGAUAAACUUCUAGUCCAAAAAAUUUGUACUGACGAUGUCAAAAAGCACACCACGUGCAAAAUAGUUCACAAAACUGUUAAAAAUUCACCAUCACUUCUAUUUGACUCUCAAAGCACCUGAGGAACUGAAUUUUGUCCAAAGGUGGGUUUGAGGGCGGCAUUUUGGUGCCUGGCGACGUGUCUGCGCAUGUCGCCGACCUGCUUGAAGCCCUGGCCGCAGACGUCGCACUGGAAGGGCCGCUCGUUGGUGUGCGUGCGGAUGUGCGCGUCCAAGUGAUUCUUGCGCGAGAACGCCUUGCCGCACGUCAGGCAGAGGAAGUUCUUGAUCUUGUCGUGCACGUCGCGCUUGUGGAUCUGCAGCUUCUUCUGCGCGCGGAAGCCCUUGCCGCACACGUCGCACCGGAACGGCGUCUCGUUUGUGUGAAUGCGUUCGUGCGUCUGCAGCAGCAUCUUGGUUAUGAACGACUUGCCGCAGUACUGGCAGCAGAAUGGCUUCAUGCUCAUGUGCACGCCCUCGUGAAUCUUGAGGUAGUGCUUGCUCUUGAAACGCUUCAGGCACGUCGGGCACUCAAAGUUGCGCUGCUCGCAUGCACUACCCGCCUGAAACACCAUUAAAUUUGUAUAAAGGCUUAAUUUUUCACAAAGUGUGUAGCAUGUCGGAAAAGAGA